AUUAAUAAUAAGAAGGAAAAUGAGAAAACAAGGAAAGAGCGACUGAAUCCAAAGACACAGAAGAAGGAGGAGAUUACGGUCUAAAAUUCUACAGAUAGCCACUAGAGCCGCUUCUUUCUCUCCUUUCACUUCUUGCUUUAGACCCGCUACCGCUCUCUCUCUCUCUCUCUCUCUCAACAACUGCUACAAUGGAGGCACAUGCCUGGUUCUGUUUCACUUCUAUUACCACGAUCUCUUCUUUCUAUCCAUUCUUGAUCUUUUUCCUCUAAGCUUUCAAGCUUCCCCAUUUCACUAUUACUCUCAUUACAUGGCGCUUAUGAGGCUGGGAUCUAAAUCUGAGGCCUUUCAUCGUCAAGGCCAAACCUGGCUUUGCACAACUGGGCUUCAAAGUGAUCUUACAAUUGAGAUCGGAGAAAUGUCUUUCAAUCUCCACAAGUUUCCACUGCUUUCAAGAAGUGGGCUAUUGGAGAAGCUUAUUGAAGAACUUUCUUGUGAGAAUGGUUCAAUUCGUGUCUUGAAACUUGAUGACAUACCUGGCGGUGCUAAAGCAUUUGAGCUUAUCAGCAAAUUCUGCUAUGGUGUAAAAUUAGAGCUCACUGCUUUGAAUGUAAUCUGCCUUAGAUGUGCCGCAGAGUACCUGCAUAUGACUGAAGAUUAUGGAGAAGGAAAUCUUAUUGCCCAGACAGAGGCUUUCCUUAAUGAAGUCUUCAGCAAUUGGGAAGACUCACUAAAAGCUCUAGAAACAUGUGAAGAAGUUCUACCUUUUGCAGAAGAACUUCACAUUGUCUCAAGGUGCAUUGAUUCUUUGGCAAUGAAAGCUUGUGCAGACCCAAAAGUAUUUAAUUUGCCUUUAUCAGGACAAACAAACUCUCAGAAUGAGGGAAGUGUAAUAGUAUGGAAUGGUAUAUCUGUUGCAACUAAACCAGAGCCCAUGGGUGAUGAUUGGUGGUUUCAAGAUGUCUCAUUCCUCAACUUACCCUUAUACAGACGACUGAUUUUAGCUAUUGAAUCAAGGGGAAUGAAGCCCGAGACUGUUGCUGCAUCUCUUAUACACUAUGCUAAGAAGUAUCUUCCCUUGAUGAAUAAGCAAUCAAGCUUCAACAACAUCAAUCAUGUCAACCCGGGAACAACUGUUUCAUUCCCUCCUGAGGCAGACCAAAGAACUCUCCUUGAAGAGAUUGUGACUUUACUCCCUAAUAAGAAGGGAGUCACUUCCCCCAAGUUUCUGCUUAGGCUGCUUCGCAUUGCUAUGGUGUUGCAUGCUAGUCCAUCAUGCCGAGAAAAUUUGGAGAAAAGGGUGGGAGCUCAGUUGGACCAAGCUGUACUUGUAGAUCUUCUCAUACCAAAUAUGGGUUACUCAGUGGAGACCCUUUAUGAUGUAGAUUGUGUUCAGAGGAUUCUUGAUCAUUUUGUCUCAUUACACCAAGAAACAUCUUUAUCAACUUCACCUUGCCUAGUUGCAGAAGGCCAGGUUCUGGAGGGGACUGAUGCACUAACACCAAUAACAAUGGUGGCCAAUCUGGUGGAUGGAUUUCUUGCUGAGGUAGCACCAGAUGUUAAUUUGAAGCUUCCAAAAUUUGAGGUUCUUGCUGCUACCAUCCCUGAUUAUGCCAGGCCACUCGAUGAUGGAGUUUAUCAUGCAAUUGAUAUAUAUCUCAAGGCACAUCCUUGGCUAACAGAUAUAGAGAGGGAGCAACUUUGCAGACUCAUGAACUGCCAGAAGCUCUCACUAGAAGCUAGCACCCAUGCAGCACAGAAUGAGAGGUUACCUCUCAGAGUAAUUGUCCAAGUCCUCUUCUUUGAACAACUUCGGCUCCGCACAUCAAUUUCUGGCUGGUUCUUUGUCUCGGAGAAUUUGGAGAACUCACAAAAUCCCAGUGGAAACCUAGGGCUGCCCAAAAAGAAUGGCUCCUGUCCAGUGGACUCUGCACAAGAGCAUGCUGUGGAUGUUGAUAUGAGGGACCGUGUUUCUGAGCUUGAGAAAGAGUGUUCAAACAUGAAGGAAGAACUUCAGAAGCUUGUAAAGACAAAGAGAAAAUGGAAAAUAUUUUCUAGGAAAUUUAGUUUUAGACAGAAACUACAGCCCUGCAAUUCCAAAGAAUCAUGCGAUUUAAAGGAACCAGAGUCAUAUAUGAAUGGGCAACCGAAUCAUGAGAAAGGUUAUGCGGCUCAAUAGUUUUUCAAAUUCAAACUAACUGGACAAUAGUCUCACUCUAUAUUUGUUUUUGUUUAUUAGAGAGCCAUAUAUAUGUGAUUCUUUUCCUGUGGAUUACAGAAAGAUCACAUUCCAGUAUUGUUUUAGGAGUUAGGAUUUAGUUCAAUUCUUCUCAUAUCAGUUCAUUAACUUGCAAACAAGAGCAUAGUUUUGAGGUUUAAUUUGUUUCAUUUGUAGCUGGUGCUCAUGAAAGGAAUAAAAACACUUUGGAUUCAUCUUUCUGUAGCAA